AGAGAGAGAGAGAGAGAAGAAGAAGAAGAAACGGGCGGGAGGUUUUCUCAUUUGCCUCUUCCUCCUCCCCUCCUCUCUCCUCUCCAGAUGGAAUCCUAUGAGAUCUCAUCUCCUCCUCAUGAUCCUCAUUUCUCUGCCCCCGGAUCCCCUCCGCCUUCAGAUGACACUCACUUGUCUGCAAACGACGCCCUUCUUGCUGAUGAUAUCCGAGGCAAGAUUAUCAAGCAGGUAGAAUAUUAUUUUAGCGAUGAAAAUUUGCCCACAGACAAGUAUUUGAUGAAUUUGUUGAAGAAGGACAAAAAUGGAUUUGGUUGGCUGUUCCUUAAAGCAAGAAGUAUGACCUUCUGGGAGAUAAGUGAUGAGGAUGUUCACACCUUCUAUGUUCCUCCUUGUGAAUGCAAGAAAUAUGAAGAACAAGAUAACUUGGUUCCGAUUGCAGUUAUUGCUUCCUUUAGGAAGAUGAAAAAGCUCACCCAAGACAUUCAAUUAAUAGUUGCUGCGCUCAGGGAAUCUUCUCAGCUUGUUGUGAGUUCAGAUGGGAAGAAGGUAAAGCGACUUCAUCCUCUUUCACUCACUGAGGUCAAGGAUUCAAAGAUAUGCACUGUUUUGAUAGAAAAUUUACCAGAAGACCACUCAACCGAGAACAUUCAGAGAAUAUUUGGGGCAGCUGGAAACAUAAAAAAAAUUUGCAUUCAUGACCCAUAUGCCACAGAAGAGUCAACAAAAGACAGCAGGGUGGAGAAGCUGAUAAGUGGUAAGUUACAUGCUAUUGUGGAUUAUGAGACUGUGGAGGCUGCUGAGAGAGCUGUGGCUACUUUAAAUAAUGAACAAGACUGGAGAAAUGGAAUGCGGGUCAAGCUUCUUCACAAGCAAAUGGGCAAGUAUGGACAGAGAAGAAAAGGCUGGAAGGGAUCUGAUAUGGAGAAAAAUAGCAGUGUUGGAGCAGCUCAUCCAGCAGGAGAUGAGGAGAAUAACUCAAGUGAGCGUCAUGAUGAAACACCUGAUGAAGAACUUUAUAGGUCAACUACUCGAAUCAACUACCAGCAUGCAGUCAUGUGUGCUGCUUCUCUUUUGUCUCAGGAUGGAGAGCAUUUGACGAAAGAGAAAAAUGGCCCAAGGGGCCGGAACCGAGGGCGAUCAAGGGGACAGAAAUACCGGUGUAUGAAUGGACAGGGUCAUGGAACUCUCUCAUCUAGUUAUGGUGCUGAAGGCUCAAAGCCACCUCCCGGCCCAAAAAUGCCGGAUGGGACCAGAGGUUUCACAAUGGGGCGUGGGCGACCUCCUGUUUCCAGCCAAAACUAGCAAGUACUCGAAUCACCAGAGCCUGGGCAGUCCUAAUAUUUCAACUAGUUCUCCCAAACCGUCAGUGAUCAGUAUGAAGGGAAAGUGUGUUUAUGUGUGCACUGAUCCAAAUGUGAGCUGUAUUGGGAUGUCUGAUGUUUGUGGUGUUUUCGGUUUGCAAAGGAAUUCUAGUGUUAGACACCAAGUUUUGGGUUUGCUUGUGGAUUAUAGUUUGUUAAAUGUGUAAUAUACUUGCUGAAUUGUAUUCAUGAAGUCCCUUGCCUCGACGGUUUAUGGUGCCUUUGGAACUUCACAAUAGGAAUGGAAUGGAUAGUAAUGAAGGUAAGAAAAGAGAAAUCAAAAUAUUAGUAA